UCUGUGGUAAGUGGGUUUUUGGUUUUCUGACGCGGUCAUGUCUUGCAUUCUGGUGCUAAGAAACUUAUUGGUUACCACCCACGUUGCAGUAGCAUUUAGAGGCUUCAGCCAGGCUAGGGACCUGUUGUGCUUGGCCCUGUACGAACAUAGAAAAUAAAAAUCCCCACCCCAAAGAGGUAGCUGGAGGGGCACAUCAGAAUAGGUAUUAGCAGGGGCAAAUCCACCAAAGUCUAAGCUAGGACUGAAGUCUUCAUGGAAAUGGGCUUUGCAGUGCCUGGUUUUGCCCCACUGUGCACUGAUCUACAUGAGAAAAUCCUCCAUCACCUCAGAAGAGAGGCUGUGUCCAUCUUGCCUCCAGAAGUUUAAUCUCUUCCCUAGUCCCCCUGGGCCUCACAGGUUUCAAAGUUGCUCUGCUCCCAACAUUUGCCAUUGGGUCCUUCAGACUUUCAAGAGGUCCACACGCAAUGUGUAUCCAGCUCUCCUGGAAAACUGGCCCCCCACUGUGGAUGCCAAGUAAGGUUGAACAUCUGCCCCCUCAUCAUUAAAGCUGGGAUGCCUGGCACUCAGAGUGCUUCAUUUCCCUUCUCACACUCUAUCUCGGAGGAGUUGGAGCAGGAAAAUGUUCUCGGCGAGCAAGGGAGUAAAAACAAGUCUAGAUUCCCAUCCUGUAACGGAAACAGCAGAGAGGCGAUGGGAUUUGGGGUUCCUCCUGCAAUACGCAGAGGCUAUUCCAGAUGUUGUUCCUUCUUUACUCCUGAAGGACACUGCUUGGAAGAGUCGCUGGAAGACAAUGGGCGCGUUGUCGGAGGGAGUAAUGCAAAGCAAGGUGCAUGGCCAUCGCAGAUUUCCCUCCAGUAUAGCUCUGGUGGAAAAUGGUAUCACACCUGCGGUGGGUCGUUGGUGAAGAAGAACUGGGUGAUGACUGCAGCUCACUGCGUGGACAGAUCCUUGACUUUCCGGGUGGUCGCCGGAGAGUACAACCUGAAUAAGAACGAUGGCACGGAGCAGUAUUUGAGCGUGGAGAGUAAGGUCAUCCAUCCUAAAUGGAACAGCAACUCUGUUGCUGCUGGCUACGACAUCGCUCUGCUCCGUCUCUCCCAGAGCGCAUCUCUGAACAGCAACGUGCAGCUGGCCGCGCUGCCCAGUUCAGGCCAGAUUCUGCCAAACAACAAUCCUUGCUACGUCACUGGCUGGGGCUUGACCCAAACUAAUGGGAAGCUGGCUGAAAUCCUGCAGCAAGCUUCGCUUCCCAUCGUAUCCUACAGUAUCUGCUCCAGUUCCAGUUACUGGGGCUCCACGGUCAAGGACACCAUGGUGUGUGCUGGAGGUGACGGUGUGCACUCUUCGUGCCAGGGUGAUUCUGGAGGCCCUCUGAACUGCCUGGUGAAUAGCAAGUACUACGUCUGUGGAGUGACCAGUUUUGGUUCCUCCUCGGGCUGUAACGUCUACCGGAAGCCCUCGGUGUUCACCAGGGUGUCUGCCUACAUUUCCUGGAUCAAUAGCAUAACUAGCUGAACAGGCUGAGAGGAUGGACUCAAGGUCAAAGAACAAUCCCUUUUCCUAAUCGGAAUACACUCUCACGCUGUCCGUCUUCAUCUUCUCUACUGCCCAUCUGCUCAAUUAUCCCAUUUGCUCUGUAGCAUUGUACCUGUAACUCUAGUGCCAAUAAACCUAUGUUAAAAUUACUCUCUUCUCUGUUCAGUAGUGAUGAAACCACAUACAAAGUCCCUUUCUUCUCCAGUCCCCAGUGAGGGUUCCUUUGGACAUGCAUGAUGGAACGUUUUCCCCUCCUGUACCUGACACCAACAUUAUGGCAAAGAUUAGUGUAGUGUGUUGGUUUGUGUUGUGGCAGUGAUGCCUCCUUUGAACGGUCCCCGCUCCCUGGAGCGGUUUGAUUUGAAGCAUUAAUGACGUUCUACAGUGAUAAUGAGAAGUCCUUUUGUGUAGCGAUUUACGAGGGCUUUCCCGCACCAUGGAAAUCAAUCAAAUCAUCUAUCAUAGCUACUUCUAUGGCUCCCGUUAACUGAAGUAUCAAAGCACCUCCAGCCUCAAGGAACAGCUUGUUGGGAGAAGGGCAGGAACCGAGCUCCAUAAAUUUGACACACGCUGUUUUGACCAUUCACAAAAACAGGGGAAAGAGGAGGAAUGAUGGGUGACAGAGGUAACUUUCUUUCUCUCUUCCCCCCUGUAACCUUCAGCCCAGUGGUUAGGAUGCUCACCUAGGAUGGAGGAGAACCAGGUUCAAAUUCCUGCUCUGGAACAGACCUGAAACAGACUCGUUCAAUUUACCAAAAAUUCAAAAAAAACCAAAACAAAAUCUGAUUUCAGCUUGACCUGAACCAAAUUUACGUUUUUGGAACUGCCACCCAAAAUCAGUUACCAGCCCAGCUCUAGUCUUGAGGCCUUUCCAAGCAGCUCACUGCUACAGUAACUACCAGGAAAGAUCCCUGAGCAUUGAGCCUCAAGAUCUUGCAGAAAAAUCCACCUUACAGGCAUAGCUGGAAAG